AUGGUGCAGCCAUACAUGUUUGAGCCAGCAGACAUUGGUUUUCCUGAGGAUAAACUAGAGGUCACAGAGGAUGUAGGCCUAUUCAGCCGAAGUGGGAUAGCAGUGGUGAUGGAUGUAUUUACAGAUGUGGAUAUCUUUCGAGACCUUCUGUAUGCAGCCUACAAACGCAACGUUCCUGUUUACAUCAUCAUCGAUAUGGCAGCUGUUCCCUGCUUCCUGUCUAUGUGUGGCAGGGCUGAUAUGCACCGUGGACACCUAAAGAAUCUGCGUGUACGCUGCUGUGAAGGUGUGGAGUUCUACACCCGGUCAGCUCAGAAGGUAUGUGGUUCACUGAGCCAGAGGUUUCUCCUGGUGGAUGGCGACAGAGCCAUUUCUGGAUCAUACAGUUUCACCUGGUCGUCAUCUCGUCUGGACCGUAACCUCAUCACUGUGGUAACGGGUCAAGCUGUGGAGACCUUUGACCUGCAGUUCCGUGACCUUUACCUGACCUCUAGGGGGGUGUCCCUCACCAAAGUUUCUAUGGCAGAUGAACCAACGCCUGAACCCCUCCCUCAAGCUGCCCCUGCUCCAGUACCAGCUUCUGUUGCCAGGAAGCUCAUUAACCCCAAGUAUGCCCUGGUUGCCUCAGGAAACCAUGCGAGUCCUGCUUCUUCUGACCAAAAUUCCAGCAACAAGAACUCAGCCUCCCAGAAUCCCACUGGGCUGAAACUGGUCAAAGGGCGUGUUAAAGUGCCUGUGGAGGCCCAAGCACUACAUCCUGGAUUAGCCAAUUUGGAGAUAGCAUACUUGAUCCCCUACUUGCCGACAUGUCCUGAGCUAGACCCACCCAGUGAUGUGAUUGGCUUCAUCAACAUCAGAGAUGACAAGCGGUCGACUCAGGUUCACUUACAGAGGUCAGAGAGGUUUGAGGUCAGCCAGGCUAUACGCUUCAGCUCACCCUUCACGGCGCCCACCCCAAAUGACAUAAACACUUUGGGUCAGAACCCGAGAACUUCUGACACCAAUACACCCUGA